CGUACCUUGCACACUGCUAGACACGAGAUCAACACCGACUGAGUAAAGACGUGACCAAGUCGAAAGCUUUACCUUUGCUUACGCUCGAGAAACGACCCUACUACCAAAGUUCUGGCUGCGACUGCCCGCCGAGCUUUUUUCAACAUGUCCCUGCUGGCAUAGCACCUGACUUCAUCACCCCUCACUGACCUAGAUUCAUUUUCUCUCUCUCUCUCUCCGAGUCUUCCAAUCCCCGACUCUGGCCCCGCGUGGGCUCGACCGCUGGCACCAUGUUCGAGAAAUCCCUGUAUGACCUCAUCCGAGGUCUGCGAAACCACAAGGGCAACGAGCGCGAGUAUAUACAGAACAGCCUCAAAGAAUGCCGGGCCGAAGUGCGGAGUCAGGAUAUGGAUAUCAAGGCGACGGCCCUCUUGAAGCUCGUUUACCUUGAAAUGGUCGGCCAUGACAUGUCCUGGGCGUCGUUCCACGUACUCGAGGUCAUGUCCUCGCAGAAACCUCACCAGAAGCGGGUGGGCUACCUCGCUGCCGUGCAGAGCUUCCGCCCAGACACCGAGGUACUCAUGCUGGCUACGAAUCUUUUGAAAAAGGAUCUUGCCUCGCCUCACCCGACGACCAUCUGCCUUCCCAUGGCCACACUGCCUCACAUAAUCACGCCGUCUUUAGCUCUGUCCACGCUGUCCGACCUCCUUCCCCGUCUCAGCCAUUCUCACCCGAACAUUCGCAAGAAGGUCAUCGUCACCUUGUACCGGCUCGCCCUAGUAUACCCCGAGGCCUUGAGGGCCGCUUGGCCUAGAAUUAAGGAGCGUCUUAUGGACAAGGACGAAGACCCUAGUGUCACCGCCGCCAUCGUGAACGUGGUCUGCGAAUUGGGAUGGCGGAGGCCCCACGACUUCCUGCCCUUGGCACCUAGGCUCUUCGAGCUGCUGGUGGACGGGGGAAACAACUGGAUGGCGAUCAAACUCAUCAAGCUGUUUGCUGUCCUCACCCCGCUAGAACCUCGGCUUGUCCGCAAGCUAUUACCACCCCUGACCAGUCUCAUCAGGACCACGCCUGCCAUGUCGCUGCUCUAUGAAUGUAUCAACGGCAUUAUUCAGGGCGGAAUCCUGGGAAGCGCGGAUGACGGGAGCGAAGAGAUCGCCACACUUUGCGUUAGCAAGUUGAGAGGCAUGAUCAUGAUUGAUGGGGACCCCAAUCUCAAAUACGUUGCACUGUUGGCCUUCAACAAGAUCGUCGUCACCCACCCCUUUUUGGUUGCGCAGCAAGAGGACGUCAUCCUCGAGUGCAUCGACAGCCCGGAUAUUACCAUACGGACGAAGGCCCUUGAUCUUGUCCGGGGAAUGGUCAGCCCCGAUAACCUCGUUACAAUCGUCAGCCGCCUCAUGAAACAACUAAGGACAUCGGCACCGUCGAGGGAUGGAAGGCAUGUCGGGACGCCUCUUGGAGCUGAAUCCGAGUCUGACUCGGAUGAUGAUGCCCGAGUUAGGAUCAACCCCCGAGCUAAGGAGAAAGACAAAGCCCCGCCAUUGCCCGACGACUACCGCAUAGAAGUCAUAGGUAGGAUCUUGGACAUGUGCUCACAGAACAACUAUGGCAAUCUCGAGGACUUUAAUUGGUACAUCGACGUCUUGACACAGCUUGUCCGGAUGGCCCCAGCGCCUCGUGUUCUGGGGAACGAGCUCGAGUCCACCGUGUCAUACGGUGUCUCGAGUGCGGGUGACAUAUCAGAAAAGAUUGGUGACGAGCUACGGAAUGUUGCCGUCAAGGUCAGGGCCAUGCGACCUUCAGUAGUCCGAGCUGCUGAUUUGAUUCUGUCCCAACUGAACGCGGAUACUUCGGCUGGCCACUCUAUCGGUUCUGCCUCGGUCAAGUCCAUAGCAUGGCUGCUCGGCGAAUAUCCAAGCCUAAUCGGCUUGCCUGACGAUACCCUAUCGACAUUAUUACAGACCCUCCCCCGGAUCAACGCCCCAGAGGCCCUGGUCACCUGUCUCCAAGCUGUUGUCAAGAUAUUUGCCUUCAUCGCAGGCAACGAUCGGCAGCUUUGGACGCCGGCGUGGAAGUCCAGGAUAUCUCUACUUAUGGCCCGCAUUAUCGAUGUGUUAGAGCCACUUGCCCUCCAUCCGAACCUAGAGGUCCAGGAAAGGGCAGUCGAAUUUGUGGAGCUGUUAAAGUUGACGGCCGAAGCCGUCUCCGGGCAACCGGCUUCAACCGACGACGCCGAACAAGAUCCGCCACUUCUUCUCAUCCAAGCCAUCCCGUCACUGUUCCAAGGAUGGGAGCUAAAUUCCGUCGCUCCCGCAGCGCAGAGGAAUGUCAUAAUGCCAAAUGGGCUAGACCUGGAUGAACCCAUCCAUCCGAACCUGAAUGCCCUCUUGGCUGACACGGACACUCUCCAUCUGAACACAGACGAGAUGAAUGACUUUGAAGUCUUCUACCAUCAGCGACCCGCCCCGGCCAGCAUAUCAUCGUCUGAACCCGCCAUCAUGAGGCUUGGGGAACCGUCCGAGGAGCUCGUCAGCUCGUACCAGGAAGCCUCCGAGGACGCAUACUUGGAUCCCGACAUUGUGGCACGGCGCAAGGCGGAACGUAUGGAGCGGAAUCGGGACGACCCGUUCUACAUUGGAGGCCGCCUCAACAAUGCCCCCCGUACUUCAACGCCGAUUCACAACAUCCUCCAACAGGAGAACGGGCCCGGCCUCGAUAUUGAUUCGAUACCUAUCAUGCAACUUGACUUGGGGAAGCUGGGCACGUCGGCCCCCUCGCCUGCCUCGCCCGUGUCCACGCAGCGGCCUACCCCGCGUCCGCGGCAGAGACUCGUUGUCGCCGCCGACGAGAACCUCGUCGGCAGUGGGGGUUCGACGCCGCGCAACUACGAGUCAGAGAACAACUCGGACAGCUUUACCAAGUCGCGCUCCAAGAAGCUCAAGCAGGGGCUCUUGCAAGUUGACUCGUCUCACAUCGGGUCAUUCAGUCUCGAGGGCGACUCCGCGGCUGGUGGUGCUGUGGCGUCCCACCCGUACGACUACGAGCGGCAGCAGCGCGAGGAGGCCGAAAUGGCGCAGGCUAUGAAAGAGGUGGAGAAGCUUCGACUCGAGAUGCAGCGGGCCAACGAGCGCGUGCAGGUCGCUCAGGGGGUCGAUGCGGAGGGUACUGUGGUCAAGAAGAAGGCCAAGAAGAAGAAGCAGCAGCCGGGCCCCGCCGUCGGGGGAGAAGAACGGGUUGUGAAGAAGAAGAAAAAGAACAAGGUCGAAGGCGACGCGGCCGACGGCGGCGGCAAUGGCGAGAUGGAAGGCCAGUCACCGGGCGAGCCUGUAGCGGUGCCCAAGAAGACGAAGAAGAAGAAGAAGACACCUGUCGAGCCUCCGGUGGAACCUGGGGCUGAAGAUACUGCUACCGCUGAGCAGUGAAUAUCUUGCCAAGUCAACUGGUAUAGGGCAUGUGGGCAGGGCCAGGCUGGGCUGGGCUAUAUCUGGGGGGCCAUCUACAGAAUCAUGAAAUCUUUUCUUUCCUCGUUUAUCCAAGCAUCGCGCUUGUGGAUAUGAUGAAUAGAUUUCCCACGCUCAUCUGGGUACGGUAGCAUUUCCUAAGAAACAGACGAACCCCCGGAAUGGAAUGUACGUGUUAAUGGGAAAGGCUAGACUUGCGCGAUCUGACGUGAAGAAGAAAAAAACUGUAAAAAUGGAAGAGAAGGGAAAAAGAAACUCGACUCCAGCUAUAAUCCCACCACUUCCCAUUUUAGCCAGCCGUCUCAACCCAAGCAACGGAGUCGAGACGAAAAAUACAGCGGGUCGUUGUCGUUGUCUCCAUGUCUAUGAUGAAGCCUGCGUUACAGCGUCUGUACAGCACAACGGUAUGAUAU